GGUUUCAGAUACAAUAAAGGCUCAGUGGCUAGGGAAACGAGCAAGAGCGAAGGUGGGAGAAGACAAUCCCUGUCGAAGUUGCACCAUGGACCUUCUGCACAGCGCAGGGGUCCAGGCCACCAGCUACCUCCAGGAGAACUUCAUGGGCUACCAGGACUGGUUUGUCUUCAUCUCCACAGUCGCUGACCUCAAAACUACUUUCUUUGUCUUCUUCCCCAUCUGGUUCCAGCUGAAGGAGGAAGUGGGAAUCCGACUCAUCUGGGUGGCUGUGAUCGGCGAUUGGUUGAACCUUGUUUUCAAGUGGAUCCUGUUUGGACAGAGACCCUACUGGUGGGUACACGAGACCGAUUACUAUGGCACCGCAACACCCCCUGCGAUCCAGCAGUUUCCCAACACCUGCGAAACUGGCCCAGGCAGCCCCUCUGGUCACGCCAUGGGGUCUUCUGGGGUCUACUAUGUCAUGGUGACAGCCCUGCUGUCGCAACUCUUGCCGCUGCAGAAAGAGACCUUGGCUGCCAGGUGUCUGCGUGGUCUCCUCUGGGCGGGAUUCUGGACUGUGCAGGUCUGCGUCUGCUUAUCUAGAGUCUUCCUCGCUGCGCACUUCCCACACCAAGUGAUCUCAGGUGUGAUCUCAGGGAUGCUGGUGGCAGUGUUCUUUGAGCACGUCCGCUCCAUCUACAACGCCAGCCUGAGGAGAUACGUGGGCACCACUUUCUUCCUCUUUGGCUUUGCCCUGGGCUUCUACCUGCUGCUCAAGAUGCUGGGGGUGGACCUCCUGUGGACGCUGGAGAAGGCCCACAAGUGGUGCGAGCGGCCAGAGUGGGUCCAUAUCGACACGACGCCCUUUGCCAGCCUCCUUCGCAACCUGGGCAUCCUGCUGGGCCUGGGGCUGGGCCUCAACUCUCCAAUGUACGCGCAGAGCUGCAAAGGGAAGCAAAGGCAGCGGCUGGCUUUCUGCCUCAGCUGCAUCGUUUGCUCCCUGUCCGUCCUGCACCUGUUCGAUUCCUUCGAGUUGCCCACCGACAGGGAGAUCCUGUUCUACAUCCUCUCCUUCUGCAGAAACACCUGCGCUCACAUCUGUGCUGUGGCGCUGAUCCCCUACUGCAUCUCCUGGCUCUUCCGGCAGACAAAGAAAGACGCAUAGGGGGCAGAAAGUUUGGAACACAGCUACCUUGGACAUGGUUCUCCUGUUCCAGCUCUUGCAAGGGCCCUCGGGACUCAGGGCUAAAGCUUUACAAAACUUAGGAACGUUGCCGACUCUUUUGUGGGAGAUGG